GGACGGGUUCGGCAGAUGGUUCAGUUCUCAAGAUUACGAUUAAGAUGCAUGCUAAACCGGCCUUUGUGCUGAUUGCCCUCGGGGUCAUCUGUCUGCUACAGACAACACCCACCUCGGCCUCCGCCAAUCACGUCCAGCAGCUGAUGAAAGUGUUCCGCAGCAUGACGCAGAGCUUUGACUACACCAAGAAACCGUUCUACCUGCAGCGGGCCAAGUACGGGGUGCAGAAUCAGUUGCGCAAUCCACUCGUCCAGAAGGCGGGCAAUUUGCCGAAAAGCGCCAAGCUUUCCGAUGCUUGCCUGAAGCAAAUGGUCGCCCGGGUGACCGAUCUUGAAGCGUCCUUCUACGCCAGCUUCAGCUACAACUGCCACGACCACGACCAAUAUUCGAUGGAAUGUCUGGAAGCGGCCGAACCGGAAUAUUUGGAUGGGCUCAAGACGCUUGCCGACGAGACGGCGCAGUGCAUGCGGGAGCAGCAGUGAGCGGUCGGGACGAACGGACGGGGACGAAUAAUAAAUUUCGGUCAAGUUGUGAAUGGAUGCUUCAAUAAAUCAUUUAACUUUCA